AUGGAUAAGAACUUCCUAAGGGAAGAAAGGGAGAAUUAUAACCUCCUCUUGCAUCCCAAUCUCCUGUAUAAAACUGUAUUAAAUCUUCCUUUUUUUUCAGGUACCAGAUUACAAAGAAUGACACAAGAGGUAGUGGUAGAUGCUCUCCCAUACAUCGAUCACGGUUAUGACGAACCCGGAGUCCGUGAAGCGGCCCUAGCGAUGGUGGAGGAGGAAACACGGAGGUACCGGCCGACAAAGAACUACCUCGAACACCUUCCCCCAUUGAAUCUGCAUGCCUUUGAAUCGCAGGUGAUGCGGGCGGAGUUCGAGCGACUGGGGAACCGUCAGCCGAUGGAGAUCUUGAGUAUGAAGCGCUACGAGUUGCCUCCCCCGCCGGCCGGGAAGCUCACGGACAUCCAGGCUUGGACGGAGUGCGUGGAGAACUCCCAGGCCCAGCUGGAGCACCAGUCGACUCGCAUCUACAACCUGGAGCUGAUGCUGGAGUACGGCUGCGAGUCGUGGCGCGUCUACAACGACACCCUCCUCCAACUCCUCACCAGCGCCCAGAAGCAGCUGCAGACUCUGAGGAAAGAGAUCCAAGAGGUGAACUGGAAGAGGAAGAACCUACAGAUGCAGGUGGGAGAGGAACUCGAGCGCCUCGAGAGCACCUGGGUGGGACUGGUGAGCAAAAACUACGAGAUCGAGCUGGCCCUCUCCCAGAUGGAGCAGCAGGCUCACCUCCGAGGACUCCAGAUCCAAGGGCAGCAGCGGGCGGGCGAGACGUGAGGGCCGCGUCGCAUUUGCUUGUGUUCGCGGAAAGGGAUUUGUGGAAUGGGGGACAUCUCGUUCCAGUUCGUGCUUACUGCUCUACAUCUCCUUUUUUUAAUUUUUUUUUUCAGUCUGUACUUGAUGAAAUAAAGUGUGACUUUGUACCAUU